AUGGCUCCACGUGGCGAGAAGACGCAAUUGAAACGGGGACGAGGGGGGACAGCAGAAGACCGAGACAAUUCCAAAAAGCCUAGACGCUCCCAACGAUUAUCACAGACCCAAGGCCCGACGACGCCAGUGUCGAAGAAACAACAAUUGCCUUCUCCUGUUACCAAAGAACCUUCGGAUGCUUCAACAAGCUCGGGCUCGAGUGAUGCUUACAAAGAGGCUACUGCUACGCCCCCCGAGGGCCGUCCAAGUCAACUUCACCACCGUCCGAUAGACAAUAGUUCGCCGCCUGGCUUUUCCUCUCCGCCACAAGAAACACAAGCUUUCUCACAAUUCGUUUAUCCCACAUCGGCCUUGUCGAAUGAGGUUGAGGAUGAGACCAAAGAAGGUGUCUGGGGCUAUUUGAUCCCGCUGGAUCCUCAAUAUGGAAAAACACUUGUACUGAAGAAGCGCAAUGCAUGCCCUCUGCCAGAAGACCUUGCAAACUUUGGAAAGUCUAAGAAGGGGCAAUACAAGGAUUUUGAAAAGGAGGAAGAGGGCUAUGAGGCGAACAAGUUGAAGGGUAUCGCUUCCGGAGGAUACUUAGUUGGUCGUCAUCCGGAAUGUGAUCUAAUCAUUGAGGAUCCAAUCGUUUCGAACAGACAUUGUCUCAUCUUUACUGAAAAUAAGGGCAGUGACACUGUUGGUGUGAUAGAGGACUUAUCGAGUAACGGAACCUUCAUCAACGAGGCUAUGCUAGGACGAAACAAACGACGCGAGCUUCAAGAUCAAGAUGAGAUUACAAUUUUAGAUGGUGCUAGAUUUGUCUUCAGGUAUCCAAAGAACCGGCAGACCAGUCCCUUCUUGCAACAGUACACACUUUUAGAGAAACUUGGAAAAGGUCAUUUUGCUGAAGUCUUUUUGUGUGUUGAGAAGACAACUGGACAACGGUACGCGGUCAAGAUCUUUACCAAACAACCCGGUGUCGAGGAACGAUCCAAAACCGAGGGUUUGCAGCAAGAAAUCGCAGUAUUGAUGGGUGUCAGUCAUCCAAACAUGUUGUGUUUGAAAGAUACGUUUGAUGAAUCAAAUGCGGUUUAUCUUGUUUUGGAGCUAGCCGCUGAAGGGGAGCUAUUCAACUGGAUUGUCAUGAAGCAGAAGUUGACAGAGGACGAAACCCGAAAGGUUUUCAUCCAGUUAUUCCAAGGUGUCAAAUACCUACACGAGCGAGGAAUUGUUCAUCGCGACAUCAAGCCAGAGAAUAUUCUCCUCACUGACAAGAAUCUCCACGUCAAGCUGGCAGAUUUUGGCUUAGCAAAGAUCAUUGGAGAAGAAUCAUUCACAACUACAUUAUGUGGAACACCAAGUUACGUCGCUCCCGAGAUCCUCGAGGAGAGCAGACACCGCCGGUACACGCGUGCAGUAGACAUUUGGUCCCUCGGCGUGAAUGGCCAUUUUGACUACCCCUCUCCCUACUGGGAUUCAGUCGGCGACCCAGCCCUUGACCUCAUCGACCGCAUGCUGACAGUCGACGUCGAGAAACGCUACACCAUCGACGACUGCCUCUCUCAUCCAUGGACCACGCAGAAACCCAUAAACCCAAACGACAGCACCGACGGCCUGGUCGGCGGCAUUGACGGGUUGAAUUUCAGCAAGCGCAAGAUGGUACGAGAGCGUACACUGCUUAGUAGUCUGAACGACGUCAAGAUCACACGUGUGAUCCCGCUCGAGCCUCAGAAAGACCCCGUAAAAGUUUACGUCAAGAAUCCCGACUCCAAGAACCCACAGAACAAAGUCAAUAAAUCCAUAGAUACCAACGCCAAGGGCGUACCGAAGAGCAUCGCAGGGGCGCCGAAGAAGGAAGAAACGCCGGCGGGGGCCAGGGACCCGAAUGAGUUUAUGGGCCUCGGGGGAAGGGGCGAUCAACAAUUGUAUGGAAAUGAGGGCAGUAUCUAUACACCUACGGAGGUGAAAUGA